AGGAGCAAAGGGAGCGGUUAAAAAAAGGAGGCGGCAGCAAAGCGGAGGGCCGGGCGGAGCGCGAGAGGAGGCGAUGCUGUGCCGGGAAGGGAAGGAGGGCGACGGGCGUUGUUGGCUUGCGGUUAUAAAAAGUAACGGGACGCGUCGCGGGUAGAAAACCAGGGGAGAGGUGGUGGACUGGUGGUGGAGGAGACAGGCCGGGGCUCUCUCUUUCUCUCUCUCCCUUCUCCUUUCUUCCCCACAUCAACGCCGCCGCCGCCGCCGCCCGGAACGGCGACACAAUCACCGGCGCCGCCCCCCCCCCCCCCCAGUCUGUCGCGCCGCGCGGGGCUGAGGUGGGCCGCGCCGACACGCGGCCACGGCACGUGGGGCGCCACCACCACUUGCCCGCCUGGUAAGAUUGAGCCAGCAGUGAUUUGGUGAGCUUAAAGUGUUCAUCAGAGACAUGGGAAAAGUGGUCUUUGGGGCAUAUCUCCUUCAGUGCAAGCUAUUUAUUUCAGAAGAAACUUUUGAUUGGCGUGUUUUAGCUCGUGGGAACACCCAACUCUUCUCUCUGGUGAACUGCACAUAGUGGUUCUAUGCUCCUAUGCUCAUCGACAGCAGGCUGAUGCGAUCUUUACUGAAGGCAUAUUUCGGUCUAUGCCUGCUGCAUGGUCAAUAAUCUUUGUUGUGUUCAGUCUCCACCUGUCCCCCCUAGGUAGUUGCCAUUCGAUUUGUUGUAUACCGUUUGAGAUCAAGACCCAUCCUUGCGAUAUCCUGCAAUUCUCUACUAUGGUUGCUGUGGCAUCUUCUUGAGUCGACCAAGUACAACAGAGCACAAGUACUGGGGCCCUAAUGUUCAAUUGACUGAUCAUAUAUAUCCGUUCUUGCUAAUUGAUAGACAAGAUAUUGGUUGAUUGGACUUGGCAAACACCUUUCUGUGUUUGUUGAUUCUUCUUGGGAUUUGGUUGUCUCGGAAAAUCUUGUGCUAGGCAACUGAGACCGGAAUAAUGGACAGAGUGUCUUAUGUUUGCAGAUUCAAGUUGAUCAAGGAGGUUGGGGAUGGGACUUUUGGGAGUGUAUGGCGUGCUAUAAAUAAACAAAACGGUGAAGUUGUUGCGGUUAAGAAAAUGAAGAGAAAAUAUUAUUCUUUUGAGGAAUGUAUGAGUCUACGUGAAGUAAAGUCUUUGCGCCGCAUGAAUCACUCAAACAUAGUGAAGCUCAAGGAGGUCAUAAGGGAAAAUGAUACAUUAUACUUCAUAAUGGAAUACAUGGAGUGCAAUCUCUACCAACUUAUGAAAGACAGAGUCAAGCCUUUCUCGGAGUCAGAUGUCCGUAAUUGGUGCUUUCAGAUUUUUCAGGCGCUUGCUUAUAUGCACCAGAAAGGAUACUUCCAUCGUGACCUCAAACCUGAGAAUCUGUUGGUUAGCAAAGAUAUCCUAAAGUUAGCAGACUUUGGUCUUGCAAGAGAAGUUUCAGCUGCACCACCAUACACAGAAUAUGUGUCAACCCGCUGGUAUCGAGCACCUGAAGUAUUGCUUCAGUCAUCUGUUUAUGAUUCAGCAGUUGAUAUGUGGGCAAUGGGUGCCAUAAUGGCUGAGCUGUUGACACUCCAUCCUCUUUUCCCUGGCACGAGUGAAGCGGAUGAGAUUCUCAAGAUUUGCAACGUUAUUGGUAGUCCUGACGAACAAUCAUGGCCCCAAGGAUUGUCUCUUGCUGAGGCAAUGAAGUACAAGUUUCCACAGGUCAAAGGCAAUCAACUCUCGGAGGUAAUGACAUCGGCUAGUAGUGAGGCGAUUAAUCUUAUAUCCUCCCUCUGCUCGUGGGAUCCUUCCAAGAGACCAAAGGCUUCAGAAGUUCUCCAGCAUGCCUUCUUUCAGGAUUGUACAUAUGUUCCAGCUACUGUCCGGACAAGGGUUGCAGGUCCUCCCAAAACGCCUCCAUGUGUUGGAGUAAAAGGAGUUUCAGGUCAUUAUAUUGCUCGAAGAUACUCCACUGGAGCUCUGUCCACAACCAAACCUUCUAGCAGCAUUGUAAAAUCAGACAGCUUAAAUAAGAUCGGUGUACAAAGAAAACUUCAAAUGGACCGCCAGGCACCACAGAAGAGUACACGAACCACUGAGAGUAACAGCAAACUAAACACUAAUCGAGUGCAGGCACGGAAUAGCCCAGGGAACCCAGUACUGAGGCAUUCACGCAGUUUACCGGAAACUGGCCGGGGAACAAUGCAGAAGGUUUCAACCAUUACCGACAAGCUUUCUCAUAUGUCUGUUACCUCCCGAACACGUACCACUGUGAAGCCCCCUGUCCCACUGUUGAAAGCUGGGCAUGUCAAGGCAGACUUCCUUGGAAAAUCUGACGAGAUCCCUCCGGCAAAGAGGUUGACAAGGAAAUUGGUCAGCUAAAGGAGUAUAUAGAGCAAAAACGGUCAGCUAAAGGAGUACAGAGCGAAACGGCUGGCUGCAGAGAGGCAUACAGGCUCUACAGAGCUAAAACCCGGUCCGCUUUAGUGACACGGAGUGCUUUGCCUGUUGGCCGUCCUUCUGAUAGUUGCCUCCCAGCUUGCCUCAUUCCGGUGCAAGUGCAACAGUAGAAUAUGUUGCAUAUUGCUUUUGUAGAGUGCUCAAGCCUGCUGACCUUUCCCUGUAUACUGGGGUGUGGAUUUGUCUUUGCCCCAAGCUUGUCUCAUGAUCGAAUAAAACAUGUGUGGUUUUGAUUUGAUUUGUUUUGUCAAAUAUUACGUAGUGUUCUUAAAUGUUUGUGCUCGCAGACCACUGUCUUGUUUAACAGUCGAGAAGCCCCAUUCAACGGGAUGAUAUUUAGCGUUUGCCUGUACAGUUUGUGAGCUUUCGGAGAGCAUUUUUUCAUGUAUUUG